AUGAAGACGCCAGUACUCAUCCUAGCAGCUGCAAUUACUCUCAGGUCGGUGGCUACAGCCAUACGCCUACCGCUUUCCACAGGGCAAGGAUCAGAUCUGGCUCAGUAUAUGUCGCGUCCAGACCUUCGCGCCCCGCUACUGAGGUUGGAUACGUAUGAAGCAGAUGCGGUCACGCCGGGGUACUGGUUCAUCUCCCCAUUCAAGCAUCUUGUGGUUGGGAGAAUGGAGGACGAGUACAUCCCAUAUCAGAAUGGUCCGCAAAUCUACAAUCACCAAGGGGAACUCGUAUGGAGCGGCAGUCCCAUGUUCGAGUAUCGCAAUGUGUUUGACUUUCGCGUCGGUGAGGUCAAUGGAUCCCAGGUCUUGACUGCAAUAGUCGAUUCUGCGCGCCUCCUCGAAUCCAAUUACUCCAAGGAACAGAGUGGAUUCAUCAUCAACGAGAAAUACCAGGUUGUCCAAGAAAUCACGCUUUCCAGGACGUACAAUAUGCACGAAUUCAACAGUGUCGGCAACAACCGAAUUCUCAUUGCCACCAGCGGCGACGCAGAUGUGGACCUCACGGACAUGGGCAUGCCGAACCACACAAUCCGAGUUAAAUCAGGGGGAUUCCGGGAGUGGGAUAUCACUACUGGCAAGAAUGUGUUUGAGUGGUGGAUCAAUGAUCACAUCUCCGUGAACGACUCGAUAAUGAAAAUGCCAGAGGAGCUCUAUAGGUCCUGGGACUCGUUUCACCUCAAUUCGAUUACCAAAGAUUCACACGGCGACUAUCUCGUCUCACUUCGCCACACGAGCACCGUCUACAAAGUCUCUGGCACAGAUGGCUCUGUUAUCUGGCGCCUGGGGGGUAAGUACAGUAACUUCCAGCAAGAUUUCAAUUUCUCGGGCCAGCACCAUGCUCGGAUCUUGACGGAGGAUGAUACGGGAAUGACAAUUACGCUGUUCAACAACGCUGGCGACGAUCGUGGAGCUCAAGAGGCCACCGCAAGCGCCUCUUCGAUGCAGGUGAUCAGGAUUUACGACCACGAGGAGCCGCGGCGUGCUGAGCUUUUGGCCCAGUAUGUCCGCCCUGACGGCCAGUUGACCGACAAACGGGGCUCUGCUCAAAUGUUGGAGAGCGGGAAUGCCUUUAUCUGCUGGAGUGCCAACGGAUAUAUCAGCGAGCACACCCCCGACGGCCGCGUUGUGUUAGAAGCGAGUUUCCUCAGCGACCGGUUCUCCACGUAUCGCGCGUACCACUUCGCCGACUGGGUUGGACGCCCGGCCGAACCACCGGCCCUGAUGGCGUACGCUCACAUCGGUGCCUCGCCUCAAACGCCUCCCUCGACCGUCCUGUAUGUGAGCUGGAACGGUGCGACCGAGGUGGCCUCUUGGACUUUCUACGGCGCGUCCAGCAUUGACGAGAGCAAAGAUACCUUCCACAAACUCGGUAGUGUAUCGAAAGCAGGCUUUGAAAGCAGCAUGGCCGUCGAGGGAUAUUGGCGCCACACCUACGCCGAAGCGUACGACGCGCAUGGUCAUCUCCUCGGCACGUCGGAAGUCAAGGUGACCAUCCUUCCGGAGCAGGCCGAGAGUCAAUUUGAACGGGACGAUGGCGAGAGCGGGAUGCACUAUUUCACCACCAGUCUCUCUGCAGCAGAAGGCACGCUCACCCUGCAAGCAUCGAAGCCAGUUGCGGGCUUCGCUACUCUUAUCUCACUCAUCUGUGUUCUUUACACGGCCAUCUCCCUCUCAUUACGGGUUUGUGGGCGAUGCCGCCUGCGGUUUCGCCACAGUCACUACUGCGGACGGCAAUAUCAUGAAAAGACACUGAGUGAGGACGAAACCCACGCUCUCUACCCAUACCCGGACGGUCCUUGGUCGGAAAACGAAGAGGGCACAAGGAGGGCGGACAACGAUUGUAGCAGCAAAUUUCGAUGA